AGGGAGAACAGAAAAGCAAGAAUAAUCGCCUGUGCCAGAAGUAAAGACAACAUGAUGCUGUUGCUGCUCGGCUUAUAUCUACAGCUGGUGGCUACAACAUGGGCACAAUAUGAUUACUACUACUCGCAACACGACUACACAGAUGAAGAUCGUUGGGUCAAUCUGUUCAGACAGGGAUUUAAUUUCCAAUGUCCACACGGGCAAGUAAUAGUUGCAAUAAGGAGUGCAUUCAGCAAAAAAGAAGGAUCAGAUAGACAGUGGAACUAUGGAUGCAUGCCCACUCCUCACGAUCUUGGGGAACCUACUGAGUGUUGGUGGGAAGAAAUCAAUAGAGCUGGCAUGGAAUGGUAUCAGACAUGUUCCAACAAUGGCCUCGUAGCAGGUUUUCAGAGCCAGUACUUUGAUGCCGUGUUGGACAGAGAAUGGCAAUUUUACUGUUGCCGGUACAGCCGAAGAUGCUCCUAUAGCUGUUGGCUGACACAAGACUACCCUUCACAUUAUGGACAGGAUGUCGACAUGGUUAUGUACUCCUACGGAUAUUAUAUCAGGGGAGCAACUACAACGUUCUCCGGCGUUCACCGGGAUCGUCAAUGGAAGUAUAUAGUAUGCAGAAUGACAGAUUUCAACUGUGAAUUUGAAAAUUUCUAAAAACCCGCCUGCAUAAAAAAUGCUUUGGAAAUUCACGCAAAACAGCUUUUUUAUUUUAAUUUUUACACUUAUUGUGUUAUAUUAUGCUUGGCAUGUUUUAAUCUUUCAGAUUUUUAUUAUAGCACAUACUACAGGUGGUACUUGUUUUGCGACCUACCUGUUUUACGAAAGCUCGCACUUACCACCAGCUCUCUUGCGGUGUGGUAAGUGUAAGCCGUCGUGGGAAUUAGAGGGAAUCACUGCUCUGCUGCAUUAGAACGCAACAGAGCAGUGAAUCCAUCUAAUCGAUUUUCGGGUAAAUUUCCUCAAGCAUUGAUUAGAGGGAUUCCCUGCUCUUGUGCAUUUGUCUAUGUUCGGGGAAAUGUCCCUAAACACAGACAUGUGCACCAGAGCAGGGAAUCCUUCUAAUCAAUGCUCGAGGAAAUUUCCACGAACACAGUUUAGAUGGAUUCACUGCUUUGGUGCGUUCGUCUGUGUUCGGGGAAAUGUCCUGGAACAUAGACAAGCACACCAGAGCAGGGAAUCCCUUAACUCCUCUCAAUUUGUUCUACAACCGGGUCGUAGGAGCGGAACCCGGUUGGUGAGUGAGGAGUACCUGUAUUGAAAACCCUUGGUAACCUAUUUAUCAUCAGAUAAUUACAGUAACAAGUAAAAAAAAAAAAAAAAAGUC